AUGCCGCGCAUCGAAUCUCCGGUCACCUUGAAGGCAUACCUCAUGUGUGCCUUUGCAGCAUUCGCAGGUGUACUUUUUGGAUAUGACUCGGGUUAUAUUAGUUCAUGUCUAGGAAUGCCAUCUUUCAAGGAACACUACGGUCACCAAGUCCCCUUCAACCCGAUCGACGCUCCGACUGGUUAUGAUUACUACACGUGGGAGAAAUCCACGAUCGUCAGUAUAUUAUCUGCUGGCACGUUCUGUGGCUCCUUAUUAUCUGGUUGGCUCGCGGAUCGGAUUGGUCGGCGCGUCAGUAUCAUUGGCGCCUGUAUGGUCUUCAUGCUCGGUGUCGCAAUUCAGCUAUGCGCAACCAAUAUUGCAGCUCUCUGCUGCGGUCGAUUCGUUUCUGGUCUCGGAGUUGGAUGUGUCUCAGCAAUCAAUAUCCUUUACAUGUCGGAGAUCGCGCCCCGAAAAGUUCGAGGUGCCAUCGUUUCCAGCUAUCAAUGGUCUAUCACCAUCGGACUCAUGUUGGCAUCAUGCGUAGGAUAUGCGACUGCAGACAGGCGCGACAGCGGCGCGUUCCGAAUCCCGAUUGCCGUUCAAUUCCUUUGGGCGAUCAUUCUUAGUGUUGGACUGUGUCUUCUACCUGAAUCUCCUCGGUACUGGGUCAAAAAGGGCCAUUUCGAAAAGGCAUUGGCGGCUCUUGCGCGAGUUCGUGGUCAGCCGGUCACUUCGGAACUCGUCGAGGAUGAGCUGACCGAAAUCGUCGCCAAUUACGAGUACGAACAACAGGUCGGCGAGGUCUCGUGGUUGGGCUGCUUUCGAGGCGGCUUCAGGAACUCCAACAGCAACCUUCGCAAGGUAUUCUUGGGAACCACACUGCAGAUGAUGCAGCAGUGGACCGGCAUCAACUUCAUCUUCUACUACAACACCACUUUCUUCCAACAUGUCGGCAUUCGCGAUCCAUUCCUCAUCUCCAUGAUCACCACAAUUGUGAACGUUGUCAGCACUCCGGCAUCGUUCUACGCUAUAGAGAAAUUCGGCCGACGCCCAUUACUCAUCUGGGGUGCCGUCGGCAUGUGCAUUUGCGAAUUCAUCGUCGCCAUAGUCGGUACAGCCGCACCCGACUCGGAGCCGGCCAACUACUGCCUGAUUGUGUUUGUGUGCAUAUACAUCUUCUUCUUCGCCUCCUCCUGGGGACCGACAGCUUGGGUGGUCAUCGGCGAAAUUUUCCACCUGCCGAUCCGCGCCAAGGGAGUUGCGCUCUCGACCGCCUCAAAUUGGUUCUGGAACUGUGUGAUCGGUGCCAUCGUGCCAGUCAUGGUGGAUCCCGGAUACGGCAAUCUCGGACCGAAGGUCUUCUUCGUUUGGGGUACCGCCUGCGCCCUCAGCGCGACAUUCGCAUAUUUCUUCGUGCCGGAGACGAAGGGACUCACCCUUGAACAGGUGGAUCAGAUGAUGGAAGAGGUUCCCGCGCGGAGAACUCGCAAAUGGCGACCGGAUGACAACACUGAGUGGGAUUUUGGCUACUCACAACAAGUCAGCCGACCAGGCACAACAGAAGGCAAAUCGCCCAACAUUGAGAGCUUUAUCAAGUGAGCAUGGAACCAGAACCAGGAUUUCUACUUCUGCUUCCUUCCCCUGCAUU